GUUUAAAACAGGAGCAUACCUACCGCGCCCAGCGCAAUAGCACUACAGCAACCACAAGGCAACAUCCGAGCUCCGUAGUACUCAUCAUGCAAGGAAGGCGCAGUCAGAUGCUCCUUAUUACACUGAUGAUAAUCGCCGUGCUCGUUUCGGCAUGGCCAGCAGCUGCAACACCCCCGAGCUCCUGCCAGCGCCGGUGCGGCGACCUGGACAUCCCUUACCCGUUCGGCAUCGGCCGCGGCUGCUACCUCUACACGGGCGAAGGCGACACGACCUUCGGCCUCACCUGCAAACUCACCGCCGACGGCACCUACAAGGCCUUCUGCUAUGACGUCCAGGUCAUCGGCAUCUCCCUGCGCCGCGGCCAGGCGCGCAUCCGCAGCGACAUCCGGUCCUGGUGCUACAACCGCACGUCCAUGUCCAUGGACAAGAACAACGUCUGGUGGAGCGACUUCACCGACUCGCAGUUCCGGCUCUCCGACGAGGACAACCGGUUCACCGUCAUCGGCUGCAACUCGCUGGCCUACGUGAAGUCCGCCAACACCGGGUCCAAGUACAUGACCGGGUGCAUGGCGACGUGCCCCGCCGCCGGCCGGCUGGAGAACGGGUCGUGCUCCGGCAUGGGCUGCUGCCAGGCGGCCAUCCCCAGGGGGAUCAACACGUACGAGGUGCAGUUCGACGACAGGUUCACCACGUCCAGGACCAGGGGGUUCGGCCGCUGCAGCUACGCCGUGCUGGUGGAGGCGGCGGCGUUUGACUUCCGGACAACGUACGUCACCGCCGACGACUUCAUGGAGUCCACCGGCGGGAAGGCGCCGCUGGUGCUCGACUGGGUGGUGGGGAAGGGGACGUGCAGGGAAGCGGAACGGAACGCGACGGCGUACAUGUGCGUCAGCGGCAACAGCGAGUGCGUCGAUUCCAGGAACGGCCCGGGCUAUCUCUGCAACUGCUCUAGAGGGUACGACGGCAAUCCCUACGUCCCUGACGGCUGCCAAGACGUUAACGAGUGCGAUGACACAAGAUUCAAGUACCCCUGCUCCGUUCCUGGAACCUGUGUCAACACUGCUGGAGGAUACCUCUGUUCUUGCCCUGACAAGACCACGGGCAACGCUUACAACGGCACAUGCGACGCCAAGAAAUCUCAACUUGGAGUGCGCAUGGCACUUGGUAUUAGCAUUGGCGUAGUUGUACUAGUUGUUGCCACGUCCUGUGCCUACAUGAUCCACCAGAAGAGGAGCCUCGCCGCUGUGAAACAGAGGUACUUCAGGCAGCACGGGGGUCUCUUGCUGUUCGAGGAAAUGAAGUCCAAGCAAGGUCUGUCCUUCACAUUAUUCACCAAGGAAGAGCUCGAAGAGGCGACCGGCAAAUUCGAUGAGCGGAAUGUGCUUGGCAAAGGAGGGAAUGGCACCGUCUACAAGGGAGUUCUGAAAGACAAAAGAUUAGUUGCGAUAAAGAAGUGCAAGUUAAUCAACGAGAGACAGGAGAAAGAGUUUGGGAAGGAGAUGCUCAUCCUGUCCCAGGUCAACCACAGGAACGUUGUGAGGCUAUACGGCUGCUGCCUUGAGGUGGAAGUCCCUAUGCUCGUCUACGAGUUCAUCCCAAACGGCACGCUGUACCAGCUUAUCCAUGGCCGGCCCCAUGGGUCUCGCAUUUCCUUCACGACACGCCUGAAGAUCGCACAUGAGACCGCCGAAACCCUCGCGUACCUGCAUUCCUGGGCUUCACCCCCAAUCAUCCACGGCGAUGUGAAAUCACCCAACAUACUAAUCGGUGAGGAUUACACCGCGAAAGUUGCAGAUUUUGGAGCUUCAGCAUUGGCUCCGACAGAUGAGGCACAAUUUGUCACAUUUGUCCAAGGGACCUAUGGUUACCUCGACCCAGAGUACAUGCAGACCAGCAAAUUGACGAGUAAGAGUGAUGUAUACAGCUUCGGUGUUGUUCUGCUAGAGUUGCUUACAUGCAGGAAGGCGAUGAACCUUCAGGCACUCGAGGAGGAGAAGAACCUGUCAUCACAUUUCCUCCUAGCCGAGAGCGAGAACAGGCUUGAUGAGAUACUGGACGAGCAGAUAAAAGGUGAACAGAGUGUCGAGCUGAUCGAGCAGGUGGCGGAGCUGGCGAAGGAGUGUCUCGAGAUGGCUAGUGACAAGAGGCCCUCGAUGCGGGAAGUUGCAGAAGAGCUUGACAGAGUCAGGAAAAUGUUGCAGCACCCUUGGGGUCAACAGACUUGUGACGAGGAGCGAAAGGCCUUGCUUAUUGGGUCACCAAGCACGUGCCCUAAAGUAGAACUCAGUAAUGGAUACGUUAGCCUCAGUGAUUCAGCGUACUUGGGAGUUCAAUCCCCACGAUGAAGCCAUUUUUGUUUGUUUGAGUUAUUAUGUUUGUGGCACUGUUGAUGUAUUUCGAUAUUUGUGCUUGGGAGGAACCUCGGGUUCCUCCAACCGUAACUAAUAUCAGCCGAAGGGCAGUAUAGUAAUUGUUCCUCUGCUAAUUAA